ACACCUAACUCGGUGAAUUCGAACCCGGAAUUUGAUUCCACGCAAGGCUUCACUACCGAUGGCUUGUGAUGCUCUGGAAUGGUGACGAUGUGUGUGAGUUAGAAGUUAUCGGAAACGGAAUCGACAGUGUUGUUGCUGCUCAAUAUUGUUGACACACGGCGAUGAGCUUUGAAGUGUCUGGAACCCAGAAAGGAUUGGAGCUGAUAGUUAUUCAAAUUUGGACUUGUCGCUGGGAUCUUACAGUCGGAGAUUUUGCUGAUGAAUCUCGGAGCCUGAAAGGGCUGAUGAAUCCAGACUUUCGUGCUGGGAUUUGAGAAGAAGUUUGAUAUAGUUGUGGUGUGGUUGCGUGUUGAGGAGUUUUCGGACGCGACUGGAGAUUCGUGUUGCAGAAUUAGGGUUUUUUUUAUUAGAGUUGUGGAUUGUCUUACGCUGUGGGAGGUGGAAUCUUAGUAUGGAGAACGAGGGGCAAGUGGAAAGAUAUUCCUCGAGGGCUCGAAGAGCGGGGCACGCCUCCUCUUCUGCUCGUCCUCAAGGAAGUGUGUCUCCAAUUAGGGGUGACACACGUGGUUUCCAGGAUUUCUGCGGCGAUGUGAAACGCAAAUUGAAAGAAUUCUAUACAUUUGAUUUGAUGCCCGAGAUCUUUACCAUCAAGUUUCGGCAACAGGUUGAAGGACUUAAAUUGGGUGCCAAUUUUGAGUUUGGUGGUAUGCAGGUCAAUGGAUAUAGCACUAACGAUUGUCACACCAAGCUUGUCGUCAAGCCGGCUUCUGAAAAUAACUACUGGAAAGUCAUCUGUGAACCGGAACAGAAGGAGAUACGGGUCCUGACGAAGAAGAUACCCCUUGGUUCAAUUUUGCAUCUCCAGUUUGGGAUUGGUCAUGAUUUCAUCAGAAAAUCCACCAAUUGGAAUUGGAAGGUAACAUCAACAUUUGGCUUGUCUGGUCCCCUACCUGAAGUUCGCCAGAAGACCUUGCUGCCAAUAUUCCCCGGAUUCGAUAUUAAUGUCGGCUGGAAUGCUCAGUAUGAACAUCCAGACCUUCAUGGAGCAAGUGGCACAGGGGAGCCUCCCAUUGAGGUGAACUAUGGCCGCCUGCAUGCCAAGAUCGAAAGGGUGGCUGCUGUCUAUACCCAUUACGGCUGAACCAUUCACCUGAAGCUUUCUUUGAAGAAUUGUAACAUUUCAAAUUACAUGCCGCCUUAAUUAAAAUUCAAAGAAGCUCCCUAUCAUUGGCAUCGGAGUUCCUUACGGUGGUGAUGGUCCUUCCUUCUGGAUUGUAUUAGCUCCUAGGUUUUACAUUUUCCCGUCUCUCAAACAAUGUACAGACGAAUUUCGUUAGAUUUGUAGUGCUUGGGCUCCAACUAAGUUCAAAGAUGAGGAUUGCUGCUCUGGUUCAGGAAUACGUUCCUGCUCGCAAUAGCCCAAGCUGUCCUCCUGAGAAUAUACCUCUAACAAGUGAUGAUCCAACUUGUGAUAUUCAAUAUCAGAUUCAUAACUAUCUGUUGUGGUACAAGUAUUUUUUACACAGAAUGGCAACGCCAUCGUUUGAAGAAGAGGGUCCUGCUGAUACAACUGGGUUUACCAGUGGAAUAGGACGCCGAGUCAAUUGGGUAGCAUUGCUGCAAAUUUCCAUCGUCAACGUGGUUUAAGUGACGAACUCCUCUCCCUUUAAAUGAAAUAACUCACUAGAUUUUUCUCCUCACCUAAAGCAGGUGGAGAUUGAGCACAUUCUGCUCUCUUCUUGGAUAUUACUUCGUAACCGAGUAAGGAAACGCCCUCUAUUAUUUUUC